AACUCUGGCACUUCCUGCUUGUUCACCUGUGUGAGGGAAGAUUGAUUCCAGCGCACUCGUGAGCUUAACUUUACCUGAGCUCUCCCGGAGAUUCGACGUCUUUGUGCGCUUGAAAAAAUGUCCAGUGACGAAGCCCCGCUGGUCGAGGAGGAGACCGUUGAAGCACCUGCCAGGCGCUUCAACCCUCGAGUCCUCAAUGUGGUCUGCGUGACCCUGCUGACUUGUGUCCUGCUGGCCUGUCUGGCUUUCACUCUAUGCACCUUGUACAAGCAGCAGCAAGAGAUCCAUGAUCUGCAGAGGACCUCGGAGAAGAUGGACCGAUAUCUGGAUCAAUGGGAGCAGGACGCUGUGAUGGAGAGACGAGUGCCAAUGAAGAAAGUGCUCAGGAUGGACUUUGAUUUCACUGACUUCUUGGCAACAACUGAAGCACCGGCGGAGCCAUUGAACUCAGUGGACGAGGAGCGUCUGGAGAAGCUGCAGAAGGACUUGGAUGAGUUCACUACCACUUCCCAGAUGAAGCUACGGGACCUGAGGAACCAGACGAAGCGGUCUAAUUGGAAGAGUUUUGAGUUGUGGCUGAGGAACUGGCUGAUAUUCCAGAAGGCUCGGCAGCACAAGCCGGACGUGACCACCACAACACGAGCUCUUGUGCUGGACUCCAAAUGCUUCCAGGAGGCCCGGAACGCGUCCUCGCUGAUCGGCUCCUACCGGCCGCAGUGUGAGCGCUGGGGCGGGUACAAGCCAGUCCAGUGUUGGCCUGCUACCGGCCGCUGCUGGUGUGUGGACCAGACUGGUGCCGCCAUCAACGGAACCACCAGGAUCGGACGCCCCACAUGCCCACGUCAUCACGGGUCGGGGCUGAGGAACUAAAGCAGUUCUACGCUGAGAGAGAAGAGCUACUUCGGAUCAACAGGCUUUAUUAUCUGGGUUGCUAGAGUUCGAUGGGUCAACCCCUGGUUCUGUUUGGUUCUCUCAUGUGGAGAGGGUCAGUGAGGUUGUGCGGUGGAAGGCUAUGUGAAUCAGUUGAUGAUUUUCUGUUGCAGUACAUGAUGGGACUUGUAUUCUCAUGAGGUGAGCAGAAUGUGGCCCACAGACCCUACGUUUGAGACCAGUGGCGUUCUAAGCAUUUGGACCGGGGUCCAUGCUGGAACUGUUGCUGACACUUGGGUGUUUUCCUCAUCACUUUACCUUGACGCUGGGCUUCUAUGUAGCUCAAUGCUUUACUGAAUGUAAUCGGCUUCCAAUAUCCAUUUUCACAAACUGCUGCUGAUCACAUUUGUACGACAAAAUAAAAAGAUGAUUUGAAUUUAAAAAAAAA